AUGGCGCCGGUGAGUACCGGGCUGCUGCUGCUGGUGGUGGUGGUGGAGGAGGUGGAGGAGGUGGAGGUGGAGGAGUGGGACCUGCUCAGUACGGCACACUGCCUGGCUAUGGAGGUGGCGGUGGUUUCGGCGCUAUUCCUCACCAUCUUCUUCUGGGUGGGCCUUGUGGCGAUUUCCCGAGAGAUACCGUACGACACCCCCAGUAACUAUAUGCGGCACGCGGGGAAUAGCGGCUUGGCACUGGCGCAGGUCGUACUCACGCGCCUGCCGAUUGUGUCGUACCACUUCACGGCCGUACUGAUGUACCUGACGUCGUACGCCGUAUUCUUAUGGAUUUACGGCGAAGUGGCGGGCAUUUGGCGGUACCGCCUCAACUGGGAGCGAGUCCGGGGAGUUGCGGGGCCUGUAGUGCUGGUGGUGCUGGCGGUGCUGGUGUUCCUGUUUUGCACCAACGUCGCCACCGCCACCGCCACCGCCACCGCCACCAGCACCAACGUCGCCACCGCCACUGCCACCCUUGCUGAGCGGAGGUGCCCCGGCAUUCGAUUUACCCCUCAGGGGGACUGGAGGCAUCCAACCAUGAGGCCGUGUUUCUCUCGUAACUCGGUGGGAAUUUGGGGGGCGCAGGUCUUCGGGUUUCUCGACAACCGGCUGGCCGAGGAGGAGGGGGGGGAAUGUGGCUGA